UUUCNUCAAAAAUGAGGAGAAAACAGAAGAAGUGUACAAGGUUGAUGAAAAGGGGAUGCGGUGGUUCUAUACAGGAGACAUAGGGCGAUUUCACCCUGACGGCUGUCUCGAGAUAAUAGACCGGAAAAAGGAUAUUGUAAAACUUCAGCAUGGAGAGUAUGUCUCUUUGGGCAAAGUGGAAGCUGCUCUAAGUAUAAGUCCCUAUGUUGAAAACAUAAUGGUUCAUGCUGAUUCAUUCUACAGUUACUGUGUGGCCCUUGUGGUCGCAUCCCAACAAACACUUGAAGGUUGGGCUUCAAAGCAAGGAAUAGACUUUGCCAACUUCGACGAACUAUGCGCGAAAGAAGAAGCCGUGAAAGAAGUGUAUGCGUCUCUUGUCAAGUCGGGUAAACAAUCGAGAUUGGAGAAGUUUGAGAUACCAGCAAAGAUCAAAUUGUUGGGAUCUCCAUGGACGCCAGAGUCGGGCUUAGUCACAGCAGCACUAAAGCUUAAAAGAGAUGUAAUUAGGAGAGAAUUCUCAGAAGAUCUCACCAAGUUAUAUGCCUAAACUUCUCUUCUUCUUAUUCCUCUUCCUCUACUUUGUGUGGUUCUAUAGACACAGCAGAUGCACAAAACUUGUUUCUCUUUUACAAUUGUGUCUCCAACAAUCUCUUAGGCUUUUGAGACCAAAAGUCUUUACAACUUAAUGGGCCGUUUAUCAAACCAAGUCAUAUAAUUAAUCUCUGUAAUUAAGCCA